CUCUUUGCCAGUCACACAAACACACACUCUGUCGGUCGGUCAGUCGUCGCCAGUGCCGUCGCUCUGUAGUCGCGGUUCAAGAGUAAAAAAUACAAAAUCGUCUCAAAGAAAAAAAAAAUGGUAAUUUUAAUUAACUGCUGUGGGUAGUGCUCGCGGUGUUCCCGAAAAAUCGUACUUACCCGUGUGUGUGUGUGUGUGUGUGCGUUAUGCAUGUAAAGUGAUAGUUAUUAUUAAUGUUACCGGUCGGCCGUCGUUUGCGGCUACAGUACACCGCGAUGAAGGUCAUGAAAACCAACAGCAGCUGUGGCGCAAAGAAAACGCAACCGGCCAAUAAAAGAUACGCCCGCAGGGAAAUGGCCAAGGCCACGGUGAUGAGAGAACCCAGAUCGGUGGCCAGGGUGAAACCGACCCAAACGAACCGUAACCGAAUGGAGGACAGGAGAAACGGCCAGGGCGGCGGCGGCGCGUCCACGGCGUCCGCGGCGCCGUUGCCCCAGUGCAAGGUGAAGCGCAACUACGCGUGCACCAAGUGCAAUUACUACACGCAGAACCCCAGGUUCUUCCUGUUCCACCAGAAGAACGUGCACGCCGAGAAGAUCCGCGUGUACGAGUGCCAGCACUGUCUGUACGCGUCCAAGCACAGCCAGAAGCUGCAAAGGCACAUCCAGAUGGUGCACGUGGCCGGCAAAGGCAAGGGCUCGUUCAAAAUCAAACUGCAGCGGGUCGUCAAGCCCGACGCGCAGGCUUGCCAACAACAGUCGGCGGCCGGCGGCGUGCCCGAUAAUAACGGCGGCAGAAGGCGGUCGACGUCGCAAGCGGCCGCCGCCGACGAUCAGCCGGCAGCGGCCGCGGUGGCCGACGACCACCGGUCCACGUACGUGCGGUGUUCGGUGUGUCCGUUCGGCAGCCACAGCCAGAUACUGGUCAACCGGCACGAGAAGGUGGCCCAUCUCAAGAAGAAGUUCUUCCGGUGCAUGAAGUGCAAUUACGUGACGCACAUGAAGGCCCGGUACACGAAACACGUGAAAUACCACACGAUGCCCAUGAUCAAGUGCGACGACUGCGACUUCCGGACGCCGUACAAGUGGAACCUGGACCGGCACAACCGGAACCACAUGGCCAACGGCACGUACAAGUGCCAUCACUGUUCGUUCUCGGCCGACAUCAAACAGAGCCUGACCGUGCACGAGAUGAACCACCACGUCCCGCCCAUCGGCAACGUGUUCCCGGCCACCAAGCGCAGGUACCGGGUCGGAGCGUCCGAUGCCCCCGGAUCGGCAGUCGACGGAACAGAGAUCGUGACUUACGAGACGGCCAAAGACGGCGUGGUGGAGAUCAUGACGGAGACCAAGAGCACGCCCAACAGCUCGGCCAAAGCGAACCCGGUCAAGAGCAUCGUGACAAAGGCCGUCAACUCGGACGGUAACAUAUCGGUGAACCUGUUCAGUUGCAGCAGUUGCGACUUCAAGUCGGCGUUCGAGUGCGACGUGAAAACCCACAUGGACCGCAGUCACUCCGUGGCGUUGGCGGCGGCGGCUGCGGCCAAAAAGAAACAGUCACCGAGGCCGUUGCCCCGGUUGAUACCCAUCGACCAGCAACAGCAGCAGCGGUUCAAGCCGGCCGCCGCGGCGCCGCCCGUCAUCCGGAUAAUCAGCACCAAGGCCACCGUGUCCGAGGAAGACUACAACCGGCUCAAGGCGAACGCCGCGCAGAGCGCUCUCAGCGAUUUCGCUUCGCUGAUCGACGAAGACGGUUUCAAGCCGCCGACGGGCAGUGACCAACAACAACAACAACAACAACAGGCUACGUCGUCGACGUCGACCUUUGGCGGCGGCGGGGGCGGCGACAGGAGCAACAGCGGCUCGCCCAGGAGCAGCAAAGCCUCGUCGUCGGACGGCGGCAGCGGCCACUCCAAGAGGACGGGCUCUUCGUUUUUCGACAAACUCAAAGCCAAAGUGGACGAGACGUCCGACCUCAAGUGCGACGUGUGCCAGCACGAGUCCAAGUGCCUGUCCGAGUUCAUGUGCCACCAGAGGACGCACGGCGACGUCAAGCCGGAGGAGAAGAACGUGCCGCCGGUGGUGGCCACGCUGUCGUCGUCCGAGCUCAAGUCGACCAGGUGCCAACACUGUCGGAAGAGGUGCAAGACCAGCGCCGAACUCAAGGUGCAUUUGAACACGUGCGAAGCGGCGGCCGCGGCCAUGGCGACGUCCGUCAAAGUGGAGACCAACGACAACGACGGCGGCGGCGGUGGUCGGACGAUAAAGCGGGAGGAGAUGGGCGACGAAGGGACGGCGGCCGCCCAGUCGGCAGACGACGUCGACGGGGCGGCGCAUCAUCCGAUGGAAAACAAGAUUUUCGUCUGGAACACAGCGCCGGCGUGCGCUCCAGCCCAAGAAGAACUGAAACAAGAAACCAUUGUGACGCCGCCGACGACGACGACCGACGUCAAGAGCGAAGAAGACCAGCCGGACCAGUCGGAUCAGCGUGGCGAGUUCUACUCCAAUCUAGUCUUGCAACCGCAUCAACAGUUCCACCGGAAAGAAGGCAAAAUGUACAAAACCGUGUUCAAGUGCCCACACUGUACGUUCUGGGCGUCGACCGCGUCCCGUUUCCACGUGCACAUCGUCGGCCACCUGAACAAGAAACCGUUCGAGUGUUCUUUCUGCGCGUACCGGUCCAACUGGCGGUGGGACAUCACCAAGCACAUCCGGUUGAAGUCGGCCCGGGACAACUCGCAUCAGGGCGCCAAAGUGCUGAUGACGGACGAGACUGGCCGCCGGAACUACACCAAGUACAACAGGUACCUGACCGUGAUGGAAGUGGACGACAAGGUGGACUGCGACGGCGGCGCUAGGGGCGUGGGCGGCGGCACAAGGAUGCAGCAGGUAGGCGGACGCAGGAGAACGCAGAAAGCUCAGGCGUACGGACAGCCGGCUGUGGCCGUCAAACCAGUCAGCGGCGGCGGCGGCAAACAGGCCAGCAGCGGCGGUGGCAAACAGGCCAGCAGCGGUGGCGGUGGCAGACAGUCCAACAGCGGCAAACAGGCGACCAGCGGCAAAGCGGUCGUCGUGCCGUCGAUUCCGUGCUCAAAGUUGGUGGACGUGACUACCGUGUCUGCCGCCAAGACUAUUGCCGUGCUCAAGACCGAAGACGGCCACGGCCAUCAGCUGUUGGUGGACGGCCAAGACGGACAGGUUAAGAAAUUCAAAAUCAGCCGCGUGUCCGCCACGAACAAAGUAACGCCCGUCGUGCCCUCGGCCGACAACCGGAAGACCGUGUGGAAAUGCAAGAAGUGCUUCUUCAGGGACUGCGACCGUCUUACCGUUUUGAACCACGUGAAGGCGCAUUACAGACGAGGCGAGUUCUCCGGCCCGUCCCCCCAGCAGAGCAUAUCCACGGAAGCCAAAAGCAGCUCGUCUUCUGCGUCGGAUUCGACGAAAAAAGAAAAGGUGGUGCCGCCGCCGCCGCCGCCGACCAACAACGCUAAACCGUUGUCGGCCAAGACGUUUAUCCUAUACGGCGACGACAAAACCACACUGUCUUGUUCGCUGUGCGACGUGAAGUCCAGGACCCAGGCGGAGCUCAAGGAACACAUGCAAAAGCACAUUCCCCAAGAGACCAAAUACCGGUGCGAGUACUGUCCGUUCUGGUCCGAAGAGAAAAAAGCCAUGUUGGACCACAUGAAGUACGCGCACGAAAUGGAAGACGGCGGCGGCGGCGAACAGAGUCACCACCCGGACGAUUCCCGUGUUAAAAACGCCAAACGAAACGGCGAAUCAGAUGCAAAGGACGAACAAGACGAGGCGAUGGAAGUCGGCGAACCGACCAAGUACGAGGCCGACGACCGCCCGUCGAUGGAUAUGUCAUCCGAACCGAUAGAACAUGGUAAUAAGUCUACGGUGGUGGUGAACGGCGUGCAGCCCAAGGAGGAGAAGGAGCUUGGGCUGGAAGCGAAGACGGAUGCGCGUCUGCCGGCUGAGAAGAGGGCUUUCGAGGACGACUGCCAGUACGACGACGACGCCGAAUUCCCUAGGGAUCUCGAACUCAAGUCAUCCGAAUGCAUACCGUGCAAUGUGUGUUGGUACUAUUCCACGACCAAAGCGGACAUGGCGGCCCACAAACAGCUGCACGUCCGUCGCGGCGCUCUGUACAACUGUGACCGGUGCGUGUACAACGUGACCAAGCUGAGCCUGCUGUACGACCACUACAGAUGCGCGCACAUGGUGGACGAACCGGAACGCGCGUACCCAGAGGACGCGAUCAUCCGGGCCGGUUACCGGGAGAUGCUGGCCAAAAACCACGUGGACGACGGUGACCGGGCCAACGAGACGCCCAUGCUGUGGUCGUACAAGGACGGCACGUUCGCCAAGGUGUACAAGUGCCGGCACUGUCCGCACACCAACGGCCGGCGGCACAACACGCUCGAGCACGAGAAGAUGCACUCGGACCACUCGGACCAGCCGGGCACCGGCUCGGACGCCAUGCACCCGUGCAAGCUGUGCACGUACGUGUGCAACAACGCGGGCGUGCUGUCGUCGCAUCUCAAGGUUCACGCCGACGACUACAACUCGGUGAUCGCGUUCUGGGACUCGGCCAUCGGCGACCAAGCGCAAAUCAAGGCGCUCGAGCACGUCGUUCGACUGGAGUCCGAUCUGGACCCGACGCUCGUGGACCGCGGCGUCGACGAUGGCGGAUUGAAGUUCUGCAAGUGGUGUCCGGCCCGCUACUUGUCGGUCGCCGACCUGAGGUGUCACGACCGCGGCCACCGGUUCAGUUGGUCGUACGCCUGUCAACACUGCACGUACUCGGCCCGCACCGAGGAGUUCAUCGCACUACACCGACCUUUGCACGAAGACGAGUACAAAACGCGCACCGACCAGUUGGUGGCCGAACACGGCGUCAGCCGCCGGUACCCGCGACCCGGCCGGUCCGACAAGGCCAAGUCGCCUCCGCCGUCGACGGUGGCCGGUGGUUCCACCAAGCCGCUGGCCAAAGGAUACGUUAGGCAGUUCACGUGCACAAAGUGUCCCGGUCGGUUUUUCAAGAUCGCCGCCCUCCAGUACCACCUGACGCUGCACGGCGGCCCUGGCCAACAUAAGUGCCGGCGGUGCGACUACGCUGUGAGCACGUACGGCAACCUGAUCAGACACGAGACCGUGCACGAAGACCUGCCGCCCAGGGAGAGGCGUUCCCGCGGCGCGAACAAAGCGUUGGCCGCCGCACAGCCGCCGCCAUCGCCCACGUCCAUCGCGGACGCCCUCAAGGAGUCUUCGUCGUCGCUGAAGGCCAUUGCCGCGCGGGCCGCCAUCGCCGCGCAGGCCGCGGCCGUCGCUCAAGCGGCCGCCGACGACGGCAACACCGAGUCGACCGCCGACCCCGAGUUUGGCACGCAAAUCCACGGCAACCCGAUCUUCUACUAUCCGACCACGGUCAAGAACGGUGUGGCCAAACAGAAACGGUACAAGUGCCCGAAGUGUCCGUCGGCGUUCGACAAGCGCGAACAGUACAAGGUGCACCUGACGCUGCACGGCGCCGACGACAAGUACAAAUGCGACAAGUGUGACUAUUCGGUCAAGUACACGGCCAACUACGUGCAGCACCAGCGCAAGCACGCUCUUCACGCGGAGCUCCGGAACGUGGCCGCGGCCGGCAUCGUAGUAUUUGACAACGAAAUCGAAGAAGAGAGAACGCACGACGGACGACGUGGAAAUGGAAAUCGAAGCGCCGGAAGAGCCGUGGAACAACCGGCGGCGGUGGAACAAACGGCGGCGGCGGCGGAACAAACGGCGGCGGCGGCGGCGGAGGAGGAACAGGUGCAACCGGAACCAGAAACAGAACCGCCGGUACCGGCGGCGGAACCGGUCCAAGACAAGCAAGAGCCGCCGCAGCAGGAACAGCGUAGUAGCCGCCGGAGCGUGAACUUCCGCCAUCAUCACCGUCGGGGCGGCUGUGCCGCCGGCGGCGAAGACCGGCCGACGCCGACGGCGAACAACACUACCCGGACGAAGAAAUUCCGGGACGAGAUAAGCGACGCGCAGACGGCGUUCGAACUGGAAUCGGCGUACGCCGAGGUGUUCAAGUGCGUCGAGUGUCCGUUCGUGUGCGGCUCCCGGGCCGAGCUGGACAAGCACGUGGUGCACCAUUCGUCCAAGCGGUGGAAGCGGGUGUGCACGUUCUGCACGUACGUCACGCAGACCGAGAGCGACCUGUCGGACCACAUGCGCGUGCACUUCGGCCGACCGCCGGUGGCCAGGGACAUGCCGCCGGCGGACGGCCUACAACCGCUGAACGCCGCCAACGACGACGACGACGACCGGCAGCUCGAGUACUACGGCAAGCGGGUGUUCGAGCGGGACGAGCCGCACGACGUUCGGGACGAGGAGUCGUUCUUCGUGUUCCGCGACAUGGGCGACCGGUUCGACGGCAGCAUCCGGUUCACGCCCAAGGGCUGCGAGCCCUUGAUCGACUUCAACGAGAACAGCACCGUCAAACCGACGUUCGUCCGGUUGCUCAAGGGCGGCAAGGUCGAGUUGCCCGACAAGAAGAAGAAAAAGAAGUAACCCCCCUUGCUCCCCCCCCACAUAGUAGUAUAUUAUUCUGUUAUCAUUCCCAACCCCUACAACCUCCCUGGAAUCCCCCUGAUAAGAAUCCCACCAGAUAAGAAAUCCCCCCCCCCCGACGCCGCCCCUUUAGCGACCGUACACUAUUGCCAUAUAGAGAAGGUAAUAGGUUGAUGACCGUAAGACACUUGUCUUUGUCUUUUUGUUUUCUUUUGAUUAUUGUUUAUGUUUACAACAAUGACACCCCACCAAUUUUUAUAUGACUACUAUACUUAUAGCAAGUUACGACCGACCGUUAAAAAUUAAUACACCGUUUUAAGAAGUUUUUGUUUAUUUUUAAUUAUUUUUUUGUUUUGUUUUGUUUUGUUUCCUUUUUUUUUUUUUGUAUAUAUUAUUUUAUUUGACGACCUCGACCUUAAUUUUUAAUCAUAUUUUACGUUUGUAUAUAUACUUCCAACACAUAUAUAUUACUUACAAUAAUUAUUAUUAUAUUAUACUCUUACGUUAUUAUUUAUUUUGACCGGUUAUAGGUAACCGUUUAAUAAUCAAACGACGUCCGGACGGGCCGAAAACAAACUAACGAUAUUACUAUUAUUAACGUGUGCCAUGGUCUUUUCUAGGUUGGGGUACUUAAAUAUAAAACAAAUUAUCGUAGUACGUACCACUAAUUUAGAAUUAUUAUUAUUAUAUAUAUAUACAGUACCUAGCUGCCGUAAUGAUUUACCUCGGUGUUUAAACAAACAUAUUAUUUUAUUAUAUACAUUUGUCGUAGUUAUCAUUAUUAAAAUAAUAUCGUAUACUUAAGUAGACUGUUUUAUUUUAUUUUAUUUGUUUUUUUUCUUUUUUGUUAAUUAGUUUAGACCGCGAAACAUUAUAUUAUAUUAUUUUAUUAGAUUCCAGGAGACUGUGAAAAUGUGUGUUUGUUAUCGAUAAAAUAUUAUAAUCGAAGUAAUAAUUAUUGUCUUUUGCGCCAACGGGGAUAUAUAUAUUAUAUGUAUAACAUUUUAUUAUUAUUAUUAUACCUGUUAUCAUUUAUAAAAUUUCAAAUAACAAACUUAUGUAUAUUAUAUCAAUAUUAUAUAAUUUAUUAUUGUACUCUUUGUAAUUGGUUUCAUUUUUUUUUCUUUUCAAAAUUACUCGGUAUUAAUAUAUAUAUUACAUACAACCAUAAAAUGUAUACAACAUUAAACAUUAAUGUUUUUUUUUUUUAAUCGCCAUGAUUGGAUAUUCUUUUUAACGUAAAUUGUAUUAAUAUAAAAGUACACGUUGUUUACAAAGUCGUAUUCUUUAAAUGCGUUCUGGUCCUAUAUAGUUCAAUCACACCGUUUAUUAGUUGUAUUAAAAUCAAAUAUUAUUUGUACACACAAAAUACUUCACAGAAGUAGUAUCGUGCUGUGGUCCAAUCUUAGGAUAGGAAAGACGUGUGCGAGUAUAUGUGGACUUGUAAUCUUUGUAAGACGAUCGUGCAAAUAAAAAUAAUGUAUAUUGUUGUUGUUCUUAUUUUUACAAAACGGAUACAAUAUAUGGUAAUUUUUAUUUUUCUAACACUAAAGAAAACACGUGUAGAUAAAAAA